ACUACUUAGGUAUGUACGCGUGUAGAAAGGAAAGUAAAACGCGUCUUCAGUCAAUUUCUGCCCCGCUACCAUUUAAUCCCCGUACUUAACCUGCAAACUCAUAACGUAGGGUACAUUUACAUCUCUCGAGACUCGAUCAGUUAGUCCCCUUAGACUACUUCAUUAACAAGGGUUUUUUUUUAUAUUAGUAUCAGAGAAUUGUUACUGGUUAUACCUUGGGAACUCUUCCCAUCAACUCGUAUAGCUAUGCCUCCGCAGACUCAGACUCAGACUCAGAGACGGCGUAGAACAGGUAAUAAUGAUGACGCAAACGAAGCCCGACGUCAUCGCCAGUCCCGACGCAAAAAUGAAUCGGAUGAUUCUGAGGCCUCUGAAGAAGACCAAGAUGGCGACGUCGAUAUGGAGAGGGCAGGCGACGGCUCAGAAGACCAGUUAGUGAAAAAGCUGGUCCGGUACGCGUUAGCAUGCGAAUAUGCAAGGAUUCCUAUCAAGCGAGAUGGCAUUCGAGAUAAAGUUUUAGGAAGCAAUGCAAGAUCGUUUAAACGUGUGUUUGAGGGGGCCCAAGCCCAGCUCCAACAAGUAUUCGGCAUGGAGAUGGUAGAAUUACCUGUUAAGGAAAAGCGCACCCUAAAGGAAAAGCAGAAAGCGAACGCUAGAAAAGCGGCUUCCCAAACCAACACGUCCUCUAGGCAAUACAUAUUGGUCUCGACCCUGCCACCCGAGUACAAAUCACAGUCCAUAAUCGCCCCAUCACGAAUACCGAGUACAUCCGAAGAAGCUGCAUACGUUGGAUUCUAUACCAUGAUCGUCUCCUUGAUUGUCCUGAACGGAGGGGAACUAAGCGACACCAAGUUACGGCGAUACCUAACCCGUCUCAAUGCCAGCCAGAACUUACCCAUGGACAGGACUGAUAACGUAUUGCAGAAAAUUGUGAAGCAGGGCUACGUCGACAAGGUGGUGGAGAAGAGCGAUGGCGACGAGGAUGCUGUUACCUGGUGUAUCGGAUCCCGAGGAAGAGUCGAGGUUCCGCCUGAAAGUAUUGCAGCAGUUAUCACCGAAGUCUGGGGCGAGCUUCCCGAUGAUUUCCACAAGAAACUACACAGAAGCUUGGGAAUACAAGAACCUCAACAAGCCUAUGAUGAAAGCGCUAUGCUUGAAGAAUAAGGGAUGAAGUUUGGAGGCGCUGUAGAUCAGAAGCCAAUGCAUGCAUAGUGUACUUUUAACGAUACCCCGGUAAUAAGACCACGUUUCGCACAAAAUUAUUUCUAGUGUAGCCGUAGUCGACCUGGAGAACCAGAUACGUUGUACGCUGCAGUCUUUAUCCUCUUCUAACUGAUCAGGACUGACCAACUUCC